AUGAAAACAUUAAUUAAGGAUGCAUAUGUAUGGAGAUGGAGUAAUAAGACAAUCGAAAAUUUAAAAGAUAACAAAUUUAAUUAUUAUGAUGGAGAAUUUGUAAAAAGAGAUUUUUUAAUAGAUAAUAAUAAAAUAAUAUUAAAUUUUGAUGUAAAUAAUGAAAAAGAUAUAAAUAUUUUGAGUUGUAAGAAUAAAUAUAUUAUUCCAGGUUUAGUUGAUUCUCACAUGCAUUUAGCUUGGACUUCUGAAGUUAAUGAAUAUUGUGAUUUAAGUUAUUGUCAAGAUUACAAUGAUAUAAAAAAUACAUUACAAAAAUACUAUAAUAAAAAGAGAAAAGAAAGCAUGAAUAAUGAAUACAAAGGUGCAAUAAUAGGAUUAGGUUAUAAGUCUUUCAAUAAAGAGGGAAAAACAAUAUUAGAUAGAUUUAAAUUAGAUGAAUUAUUUGAGAACAAUCGAGUGGUUAUAUUAUCCGUAUGCUUACAUUUUGCUGUUUUAAAUACGAAAGCUUUAAUGCAUUACGAAUUAUUAAAAUAUGAAAAUGAAGGAAGUAUUAUAGAAAACGUAUGUUAUUAUAAAAACGAAGAAGAGUUAAGAAGUAACAACGUAAAUAGAGGGAAUAAAGUUCGAAUUUUAAAUGGUAUUGUUAAAGACUUAUUAGUGCAAGACAUUUACUUAAAUCUUUUAAGUGAGAAUAUGAAUGAAUUAUUAAGAAUUGAAAAUAUAAGAAAACUAAUAAGUCAACUAAUUAAAACUGGUUUAACAUCUGUUCAAACAUGUGAUCAGAAUGUCGGAGAAAUAUAUAAUAAGUUAGAUUCACAAAAUCUUCUUGAUAUGAGAAUAUUUCACACAGAAUUCAGUAAUUUUAUAUUUGAAUACCUGUUUAAAUAUUACAAUAUAAAUGAAAAUGAAGUAAAUUGCUAUAAAUAUUUAUUGAAUACUUUGCAAAAUGACAAAAACAGAGAUCUCGUAAUAAAAAAAUUAAGAGAACGUUUUUUUUUUUAUGAUAAUAAAAUUGUAAGUGAAGAAAGUAAUGACAUUUGUAAUAAUAAAAAUGAGAGAAGUUUAUUUAGUUGUAAUAGAAUCAAAUUUUUUUGUGAUGGAAGUUUGGGUGGAAAGAAUUGUGCUGUCUAUAAGCCAUUUAGAAAUUCAUUAGGAGAAGUAAAUACAAAUUAUGGGGACCUUACGGAACCAUUACUUUUAUCAUAUAAAUUAAAAAUUGCAAAAUUAUUAAAUUUACGAUUGGAAAUGCAUAGCAUAGGAGAUAGAUGUGCUGAUUUUAUUUUAAAUGAGGUCUCAUAUUCACACGAAAGUUCAGACAGGCUGAUCAUUGUACAUGCACAAUUGUUAAAUAAAAAUGUUAUAGAAAAAAUAAAAAAAUUAAAAGUAAUAAUUAGCUUACAACCAUCAUUUUUACCUAGCGAUCAUAAUUAUAUACAAAGUUAUAUUGAUGAUUCAUAUAAAGAAUGUUCAUAUCUUUGUAAAACAUUAAUGAAUAAUAAUAUAGUCAUAUCAGGUGGUAGUGAUUCUCCAGUAGAAGUGUAUUCACCAAUUAAAGGAAUUUUUGAUUGCAUGUUUAGGCAAGUAACGCAUGUUUUACCAUUAAGUUUUAUAGAAGCUGCUUUUACGGAUGACAUAUUAGUUGAAAAAAAAAAGGAAUUGGAUGAUAAUAUAAAGAAUAUUGAAAGUAUAAUUGCAAAUACAUAUGAUGAGAAAGAAAAAUUAUCAUUUGCAGAGGCUUUAGCUAUUUAUACGAUAAACCCUGCUUAUUUAGUUAAGUCAGAAUUUUUCAACGAAGAUAAUAAAAUAAAAUUAGGUGCAAUAGAAGAAAAUUCCUGUGCAGAUUUUGUUGUUCUUGAUAGAGAUAUUUCAAAAAAUAGUGAAAUUAAUUUAUUAACUUGCAGAAUUAAUCAAGUUUGGAUUAAUGGAGAAAUGAAAUAUUCUAAUGAAGCAUGUGAAUGA